AGUCGUCAUUAUUUAUAUUUCCAAACACAGUAGAGCAGCCGGAAAAUUUCGAAUUCCGUUGAGCACGGGUGGAGGUAACGUGAUCCAAAAUGGGCCCGACUUCUUCCCUCUCGUUAUCUUGCCCAGGAUCGUCUCAAAAUCGGUGUCUCGGCCCCGGUCUUUUCCGUCGUCUUUCCAUUUUCCGCGAACUUCGGCCCCGCUGUGGGCCUUUGCUAUUUUUCAAACUAGCCGGAAUAUAUAUUAUAUCUCGGGUAGCCCCACACUCUGGCAGCUCCUUUCGUAUUUUGUUGGUCAUGCGGUCAGAAUCCUCCCCCAGCCAUGUCCGAAGCUUCUCAAGAUGAUCUGAGGCGCCUGCUCCCAAUGAAGUGAUAGA